AAGAAGUCGGGUUCUGCAUACAAUAAAUUUUGAACCCACGACUGGAUCACAGGACUCUGACGGUCGUUUUUCCAUGCUCUUGACCGAUUAUCUUUGAAAUGUUUACAAAUGAGUCGUAUACUUCCGCCAUUCGACGACACAGUUCAAUUAGACGAUAUGCCCGUUGAUAUUUCAGACACAUCUCCGAUUGUUCGUAACAAUGAGGGGGAUGGCUCGCACAUGGGGGAUCCAGAGGUUUCCGUGGUCACUGCGGAUGAUAGUAUUUCUAAAGGCAGAGCAUAUUUUAUGGUGUUUGUAUUGCUGUUUAUUAAUCUGCUCAACUAUAUGGACCGAUUCACCAUAGCAGGUGUGCUGGUGGAUAUACAAAACUACUACAAAAUAGGAAAUUCAGAUGCUGGACUUAUACAGACAGUGUUUAUUAUAAGCUAUAUGAUCUUUUCUCCAAUAUUUGGUUACCUUGGUGACCGAUUUAACAGGAAGUUUAUAAUGGGAGGAGGAAUCGCGUUAUGGUCUCUUCUGACACUCUCAGGGUCUUUCAUUGGAAAAGAUUAUUUCUGGGCUUUCAUUCUUAUUCGGGCUGCAGUGGGGAUAGGGGAAGCGAGUUACUCAACCAUUGCACCCACCAUAAUUGCAGAUCUAUUUGCAAAAGAUCGUCGCACAACAAUGCUCAUGAUAUUUUAUUUUGCCAUACCUGUGGGAAGUGGCUUAGGCUACGUGGUAGGGGCAAAUCUCGCCAAGGCCUUUGGUGCAUGGCAGUGGGCACUCAGGUUCACUCCAGUCCUGGGAAUCAUCUGUGUUAUUUUGAUAUUUGUUGUUUUAAAAGAGCCUAAACGAGGCCAUGCAGAAGGGGGAACUCAUUUACAUAAUUCAACUUAUUUUGAAGACCUUAAGGAAUUGGCAAAAACAAAGAGUUUUGUGUUAUCAACACUUGGUUUCACCUGUGUUGCCUUUGUGACAGGUGCCCUGGCACUUUGGGCACCCUCUUACAUGUUCAAUGCCAUUAAAGCCCAGGGGCAGGAUGCAGAUGAAGGAGAUAUUGCUUUCAUAUUUGGUGGCAUCACAGUGGCUGCAGGGUUCAUUGGGGUAGCCACGGGGGCAGAGGUAUCUAGACGUCUAAAGAAGCGUAACCCUCGGGCUGACCCUUUAGUCUGUGCCUUCGGUCUUCUGAUGUGCACACCAUUCCUGUUUUUUGGUCUUGUGUUCUCUGAUCACAAUAUUCCAAUAUCAUGGGUGCUUAUAUUUUUUGGAGAAACUUUCCUGUGUUUGAAUUGGUCUAUCAUAGCUGAUAUUUUACUGUAUGUUGUGAUUCCCACAAGACGCUCUACAGCAGAAGCUGUCCAGAUUCUGAUUUCGCAUGCUUUGGGGGAUGCAGGAAGCCCAUAUCUAUUAGGAGUGAUUUCCGACUCCUUAGCAUCAAAUUACCCGGUGGAUGAGAGAAAAUCGCCGUCUGUACAGUCAGACACCAUGAGGAACGCUUUCUAUGUCACCCCUUUUGUCUGUGUGUUUGGUGGUGCCUUCUUCUUAGCUACAGCUCUCUUUAUACAAAAGGACAGAGAAAAAGCAGAGAAAAUCACAAAAGGUCUGAGAGAUUCUGAUGAGGAUAUUUCAGAAGACGAUAGUGAUGUUGAGCCAAUAUUAAGGUCAGAUGAUGAGGACUUCGAUGGAAUGCAGCCAUUUGCAUAAAUCAAGAUAAAAUACUAAUCACUGGUGUUGGUGCCCUGCACAGUAAUGGCUAAUGUCAUUGUAUGAAUUGAUUUCAUAUUUCUCGUACAAUUGAAGCUACGUUUACUAUAUAUUUGAUUUGGAAUUUAAACUAUGUUCACUUUUUAAAUAUAGAAAAUCUGUCUGUAAAACAGGGUUUGUAAAUAUUUCUCUCCUUUUUUUUUUUUUUUUUGAUUAUUUAAAAGAUUUUAUGUAACCAAUGGUAUACAAGUUCUCUUUUUUCAUUUAUUUGUAAUAAAGUUGAUGGGGUACAGAUGUAGUCAUAAUGUAAUGCUUGGCAUGUGUAAUGUUUCUUCUCUUUUAUGACUUGCAUUCUGAAAUUCAGAAUAAUUCUAACACUAAUAAACAUGACGUCUGUUUUUAACUCACCCGGUCCAUAAGCUCAAGUGAGCUGUUCUCAUCACCUGAUGUCUGUCUGUCUGUAAACUUGAAACAUUUUAAGACUUUUUCUCUAGAAAUCUAGGGCUGAUUUCAGUCAAACUUGCCAUAAAACUUUCUUUGGUAAAGAGGAUUUAAGAUUGUAGAAAUGAAGGGUCACACCCUUUUCAAAGGGGAAAUAAUCAAGAAAUAGUGAAAUUAUAGUGGCAAAAAAAAAUAUCUUAUUUUCAAGAGCAGCAGGGUCGGGUCACAUCAAUGAAAAAGUGAAGAUAAUGAACAGUGAUCAAUCUCAUAAUUCCCUCUUGACAAAAAUUUAAUAUUUCUCCUUUCACAGGUUAAAAUUCCCCUUCAAUUAUAGAAAUCUCCUAAAUUGGAGGAAUUAUCUAUAUAGGAUUGCAUAUGAAUGUUAUGCAAUCCUACGUAGGUAAUUCCUCCUAUUUAGGAGAUUUUUAUAGAGGGGAAUUUUUUACCAAUUUUUAUAUUGCUACCAUCAUUUUCUCAAUAGUCCCAUUUUUAUAUGAAAUGGGUUGUAAAUUUAAAAGCUUCUUGACUUCAGUAACAGACAUGAAAAAGAAAAGGCAUGCAAAGUGUCAAGCAUUCAGAAUGUUUCUCCAAACACUUCUACAACCGAAUUUUUUGCUUAUUCUUUUGGCUGCAACUAAUUUUGUUGUUGUUGGAUACUAAACUAACAAUUCCUGUAGUGUGUAAGGCAUGCGCAAGUGCUGUCAUUUCUAAUUUAUCUAUUUAUUGUUUGCUUUUUUUGUAUACACCCGUCUAAGACGGGAUGUAUUAUGGUUUGACGUUCAUGUCCGUCUGUCUGUCUGUUAGCUUUUUCGUGUCUGGCUCAAUGGCUUAAAUGCUAUGAGGCUUAGAAUCAUCAAACUUGGUCAACUGAUGCAUCUUGGAAAGAAGAUGUGUUUCACUGUAAAGUUAGGUCAUUUCACCUUUGAUUAAGAUGAUAUAGCCAAAUAUGGCAAAACCUUGUCCUGUUCAUAACUAGACAAUUAUUUGGCUUAGAGUCAUCAAACUUGGUCAGUUAAUGCAUCUUAUGAAGAGGGUGUGUUGCACCAAGAUUUAGGCUGUUGACUUUUAAUCAAGUUGCAAGGGUGUAAUUUUUUCUCUUUUCAGAGGAAAUUCUUUGAUUGGCUCAAUUUUGUAAAUAUGAAACACUCUGGGUUUGAUCUAAAGUGACAGAAAAUGAUAAUUUUCCAGGUAGGGUGAAGUGUUUUCCUCCCUUUUUGACCAGUUUUCCCCUGUUGUCCGAGGAAUUCAGUCACAGCCCUGAAGAUGAUAUGGCUGUGUAUGUCAUAACUCUUUUUGGGCUCAUGUAGAUUAACAAUCUUUGUCAAUUCAUGCAUCUGUAGAAAAGUGGAAAUUGCUGCUUAAAACCAGGUCAUUAAGAAUUAUGUACAGUAAGAGAUCCGCAUUUCUUCAUAAAAUAUAGCUAUAUAACUAUAACAAUUAAUAUAAAAAAUAUUUUGUUUUCAACAUUAAUGAAAUAAAUAUACAGUAUUGUAUGACAAAAAUGCAAAGACUUACAAGCACAUCACACAACAGAUAAGGUAAUUGCAUUUGUCCCAUGGGAGUAAUGAUCUAUACCAUGGUGUUUCAAGGAAUUCAGUUGGACAUGCAAAGAUCAUUUGAUAAGAACCAAAUUGAUUCUGCCCAAUUAAAGAUUGAUUAAUGAGUAUAAUGUUAGAAGUUAGAAGUAAUGAUUCAUCACCCCUUUAGUGAAAGGCACUUCUUUGUACAACCCAAAAUUGUUAAUAAUUUAAACCAUAUGACAACAAAAAUAUCAGUAAAGAGAUGGAUGCUCCCCAAAAUGCAUCUUACCAAUGAACUACUUCGUAUGAUGAAUGACUCGCACAAUGAUCAAUAACUGUUGAAAUAUUGUUGAAAUGAAGGUUUGUCUAUCAUAUAUAAGGUAUGUUGAGUGACAUUGACCUUUACAAAAUGACUUUGAGUGACCUAUGUCUGAAAGCCAUAUCACUAUAACUUAUUUGUGUGAUAUAUAAUAAAUGUCUGUUUAAAAAUUGUUGAAAUAAGACACUUUAUCUUUAUUUAAGGUUUAUAUCCUGAGUGACCUUGACCUUUCCAAAAUGACAUUGAGAGAUCUUGGUCCAAAAGAUCAUAAACUGUUGAAACAUUGUUGAAAUGAAGUAUUUUUUUCAUAUACCAGGUAUAUUCUGAGUGACCCUGUCCUCUGCAAAAUGACCUUGAGUAACCUUUGUCUGAAAGCCAUUUGCCCAUUUGUGUGAUAUAUAAUCAAUACCUGUUCAAAAACUGUUGAAAUUAAGAACUUUUUACUUCUACUUGACCUUUCCAAAAUGACCUUGGUCCAAAAGUCCCUGUCUCAAGGAAUAUUUGUGGUCAAUCAUGAUCAAUUUCUGAUGAAAGGUUUAUGAGAUGGUUACCAUCAUAUCAAAAACUGUUGAAGUAAGGAACUUUUAUAUAUUCAAAGUGACCUUGACCUUUCCAAAAUGACAUUAAAAGACAUUGGUCCAAUAGUUCCUGUCUCAAGAAACCUUUGUGAUCAAUUAUAUGAAUUUCUGAUGAAAGUUUUAGGUGAUAUGGUCCUGGACAGACAGGACGGUGACUAUUUUUUGGGAAGCAUAAAAAUUAUCUAAAUAAAUGUAAUAAAAUGAAAAUAUGUUUUGAAAUAUCAAUUUCUGUUGUUGAUGAAUACACAUCUGAUGGGCGUAUCAUGUGCCAUGGCGGUGCACUUUAAUUUAGGAAAGAAUGCAUAUUGAAUUAACACCAAGUCUAUAUGUAUGUUCAUCUAAACCAUACUAAUGGAGUAGGGGGAAAGAUAAACUUCUGUAACCCUAUUUUAUAUAAGUACCUGAAAUUGUGUAGUAAUGAAGGUUUUUUUUAUGCUAAUUGCUGUAAAUUAUGACACUAUCUGAAUAACAAAAACAUUUCUAAAUUUAUUCUAUCCUUGAUAUAGCUGCAAUAUAUGUUAACUUUAUAUGAGACAUUUUAUAUUUUCAUCUUAUUUUAGAUGUAUUAUAAUUUUUCAUUCCUUUGAUUUCCAGAAGGAAGCGAUCCUACAAUUAAUGGUGGAAUAGACAAUCCCAAUUUAACCCUGGGAGAGAAUGAUACCAUUACUGUGGCCAAUCCAGAUCGCAGCAAUGUUUUAUGAAGAGAUCUUAUUCAAAUAAUUGCUUUUCUGAUCAAGACCAUGGAAGUGGAUAAACUGUUUAUAUGGGUAACCUCACCCUUUGUUAAGACACUUAUUUAUACGAUAAGGAAGUAUUGUUGGGAUUUAUAACAGUUAGGUUCCAAUAGAGAAAACAAGAUCUUGUUUACUCUCUGUCUACAACACUUUUGAUUUUUUCAGUUCUGUUGUGUCUAUUUACAUGUAUGAAGUGUAUGAUAUCAUUGUCUCAUACGGAAAUUCUUUCCGUUUCAUUGGCCGAGUGUGACAGUUUUAUGUAUAUUUAUUGUUUACAUAUCUUUUAGUGUAAUUUUAGGAAUUUUAGUGCCAUGAAUUUUUGUGAAAACAAUCAAAUUUGUUUUAAUUAGAAAGACACAUCGCACUGAGGAGGAUGGCGUGAAUUGUGAUUUAUAUUUCAUACAUGUAACAAAAUUUGAUUAGGCUCCAAUGAUUUGGUAUGCCUUAAUUGGUUUCACUGAAGCAUAAGGUACCCAAGCGCAGUAAAACACAGUUAUAGUGAACCGACAACUCUAAUUAGUUUACUUCACUUUGGUAUGUCUGACACAAGUAAAGUCUACUUUACUAUAAUAAAACACCUAUCUACUGACUAUUUGCCUCGGGGAAAUAGUUGCUGUCUUGGGGGACAAUAAACUUGCUAUUGUCCUCAUAGCCAGUAAAUAGGUGUAUAAUAUCCAAACUUCAUUAUAUAGAAUAAAAUUUUCGAUAUUUUUCUUCUCAUAGAAUACAUAUCACUUCACAGUAAGUUUGAAUUCAUCAUAAGUGUGUUUGUUACAAGAGUGUGUAACUCAUACUGUCUUUUGUUUUUAAUUCAUUGUAUUUUAUUCAUGUGUCUAUUUUUUGUACUAUGAAAGUGGACAACUAUGAUAUAAUAUCUUGUAUUUUUCAUAAUUAUUGAUAAUGUGUAUUUCAAAUAAAAGAUGAGCUGAAAUUGGUAUUGAUAAUUGUUUCAUGCAGAUACAAAUUUAUCAUUACUGAGGGGAUCAGAGGGGGUAUAUGAAUUGUAUAUUUACACUAGUGGCACUCAUUGGGGGGAUCAGAGAGGGGUAUAUGAAUUGUAUAUAUUUCUAUUAGUGGUAUUCAUUCCCAUUCUCUAAAAUUUCUGUUGCUUAUAACACUUCCUUCAAAUAUUGGAAUUGACAUUCAUGAGAACUACGUGGCGCUACAGAUGUUUUUGUUUUGUCUUGUAUAGUUAUUGAGAGUUUGGUGUCGGUCAAACUUUUUUGUUAUAUUAUACACAAGAUCUGUAAAAUAAUCUUCAUAGUGGACUUUGGAUACUUGAUGUUCAUUGAAAAAAAAAUCAUUAUAAAUUUUCUUUUGGAAAAAUCCGCAUUAAGUUGAAUACAAUUUUACUAGUAUGUAUACUAAAUGACAAGAACAUUUGCUUAUUACCCUUGUAUAGGGAGGCUGGUCUGAAAGUUACAUUGUAAGAAUAUUUUUACAACUUUUCUGUUUCAUUGAAUUUGUAGCACAGUUGUUAAGUUUGUUUCUGACGUCAUUGUACAGGAUGAGUUUGUGGAAGUGAAAUGUAACAACACAUGAUACCACGAAAAUGUAACAUACACCAAAACUAAAAACAGACAGCUGGUCGUUUUGAAAAUAAAGAUUGCUAUUGAC